UACAAAUGGCAGCUCCUUUACUAAACUGUUUUGUUUUUCUUACUUAACUUGAAAUUUUUUUGGCACACGAUAGAAAUGUCUGAUAAAAGAAAAUAUAAGAAAUCGAAGGAAGAGAUAGCUCGGGAGUUCGACUUACCUGAAAGAAAGUCGAAAAUUGCCACAAUAAUGAAGCAGGAUGGUCAGGCAUACUGCAUUUGUAGAACAUCUGAUUGCUCUCGUUUCAUGAUUGGUUGUGAUGGUUGUGAGGAGUGGUACCAUGGCGAUUGCAUUAACAUCACCGAGAAGGAGGCCAAACACAUACGCCACUAUUACUGCCAACGCUGCAAAGAGGAAGACCCUAGUUUGCAAACAGUUUUUCGUAUUGUUCCCGUGGAGAAGACGGCGGCGCCAGCCGGUGCCAAUGGCAGCAAUGACGUUGACAAACGUAAAAAACCAAGGGAGCAAAUAAAUAUGCGAGAGAAUAAUGUGGUAACAGCAGCGGUGGGCAGUAGCAAAGUAGUGGCAACUUACUGUGGUAAUUGUGAAGGAUGUCGUGCACCCAACUGUGGUGCAUGUGAAUCUUGUCGCAUACGUGUAAGUGAAAAUAAACCACAGUGUGAAAUGCGUAUUUGUCAAGCCCCACCAACAGCAAUGGCUCAACAGCAGCAAAUGCCACAACAAACACAACAACAACAAACUAGUGUUUCUACAAUUCAACAACAGGCUCCUAGUCGGCACAAACGGAAAGAAAAACAGCCGAAGGAACGUACACGGAAACGGAAACGCUCUCUAAGUCCAGAGGUAUUCAUAAACCCAGAUUUAGAAGGUAUGAGGCAAUGUUAUGGGCCUCGCUGUAGGAAUAAUGCAAGACCGCAGUCAAAGUACUGCAGCGAUGAGUGUGGCAUUAAUUUAGCGACCAAUCGUAUUUUCCAAGUAUUGCCGCAACGCGUUCAAGAAUGGAAUCUAUCCAGUUGUCGUGCAGAAGAGGAGAACAAAAAACAACUUGAUCAAAUACGUGCAAAACAAGCUGUUGUGCGCUUUGCUUUGGCUGAGUUGGACAAACGGCACAUGGAAUUAGAUAUGAUUGUGGAGCGUGCUAAGCACAGUACAUUAGAUCCAAAUCGCACACAGGACAAUAAUGACAUCGAAGAUGAACAAUCAAUGUACUGUAUUACGUGCGGCCAUGAAAUACAUUCGCGCACUGCUAUAAAGCAUAUGGAGAAAUGCUUUAACAAAUACGAAUCGCAGGCAUCAUUCGGCAGCAUCUUCAAGACUCGCAUCGAAGGCAAUUCAAUGUUUUGUGACUUUUACAAUCCCGCAAGUAAAACAUACUGUAAACGUUUGCGUGUAUUAUGUCCUGAACAUUGUAAGGAUCCGAAAAUUAGUGAUAAUGACGUAUGUGGUUGUCCACUAGUUGCGAACGUCUUUAAGCCAACAGGUGAAUUUUGUCGCGCACCCAAAAAGAGUUGUUUUAAGCACUAUGUUUGGGAGAAAAUACGUCGCGCUGAAAUCGAUUUGGAACGUGUUCGUCAAUGGUUGAAAAUGGACGAGCUACUUGAACAAGAACGACACAUACGACAUCUUAUGGCUUCACGCGCUGGGGUUCUAGGUCUUAUGCUGCACUCAACUUACAAUCAUGAUGUUAUGGAAGAGUUGUGUCGGCAACAAUAUUUUAAUGCAGCUGGAACAUCUACGGGAGACGUGAACGCUCAUAGUUAAGCCAAUUUUGUAUGCAUUUAUAAAGUAAGAAGAAGAAAUAUUAUUCAAUAAUAUUUUAAGUGCUUAAAUAUAAAAAA